GUCCCGGCGAUUGCCAGUAUGCGCGUGUUUCCCUAGUAGUGAAUCAUUUCCAGAUGUAUCGACCUUAUAGAAUUGUUGUUUCAUACAAGUCCGCGGUGCAGCGAGCUUUCUCGCGUCACAUUCAAACAAACCGCGGUAACAUUAUCAACUUUUUAACUUCUUAUCAAAAAAAGUGAUUACUGCAAAAAUGCGUCUUAUUUUUAUAAAAAUCCGCGAGGUAUCGAAAAAAUAUCCGAUUGUAAGAGGAAUGGUUUCUUAUGCUGUCAUAUGGCCGACUGGAAGUUUAAUACAACAAAAAUUAACAGGACACGACGAAUUAAAUUAUAUGCAAGCAUUAAGAUUUAGUUUAUACGGUGGGUUUUUUGUAGCUCCAACACUAUAUUGUUGGAUGCGGUGCUCUUCAUACUUUUGGCCAAAGUCAGACCUGAAGUCUGCAAUUACCAAAGCUUUAAUAGAACAAGUCACAUAUGGUCCUACUGCAAUGUGUUGCUUCUUUUUUGGUAUGAACUUACUUGAAAUGAAACCAGUGGCUGAAUGUAUUGAAGAAGUCAAACAUAAAUUUUGGCCUACUUACAAAGUCGGUGUUUGUGUAUGGCCCAUUUUACAAACAAUCAACUUUUUUUUUGUCCCAGAACAUAAUCGUGUAAUUUAUGUAAGUUUUUGUAGUUUAAUCUGGACAUCUUUCCUUGCAUAUAUGAAAGCUUUGGAAGCAAAGAACUUACAAGAUUUAAAAAGUGACAAUAAUUUAAAACACAAAAGUCAAAAAAGUAUCAAUGUUGAUCAAAAAGAAGAUAAAAAUGAAAGGUUAUCCAUUAUACGAUAAAGAUUUAUAUGACAGUUAUUUAGCACAAUUGAUUAACUUACAUACAUGUACAUGUAUACAAUAUGUACAUGUAAAUAUAUCUGUAUAACAAAUUAUACUGCACAACAAGGUCAGUUACAAUACCUGUUGUCUACAGUACAAAAUGAACUAAAAGAUUUAAUUAUGCAUAUAUAUAUAUGUAGAUAAUAUGUUUGUAUUAUAAUAGGUAUAGUUAAAAAUUGAUAACAGUUCAAAAUCAUGAAGGUAUGAAAGACAUAAUUUUAUUGUUAAAUUUUCGAGUGAUAUUUAUUGUGACACUGUUGAUAAUAACUUAUUUAUUGUUAAUAAAUAAUAAAAAAUAAAUGAUUGUUAAACAACCAUCGUCAAAAUAAAUUUUCAUAUUUUAGUUUUAAA